AAAGAAUGAAAGCAAAGAAGACAGAGCACCGAAAUGAAUUGCGAAGAAACAGGUACAAACAGACAAAAACAAACCACCAUUUCUGAUACAGUCACAGCCGGCCUUCAAAAUUUGUCUCAACCUUCAUCAUCAAAACAUUCUCUCUCUCUCUCUCUCUCUCUUCAAUGAUCGUCACCAUGCAACAUUUCUCUCUCUAUAUUUAUAAACAACCUCCAUAACCAUAACCUUCCUUUUUCUCUAUCUUACUAACAACCAUCAUGGAGUCUCACUUUCCCGCCAUUAUUUCUUUCUCUCUCAUCUUCGCGCUCUUCAGUUCCUCCUUCGCUCACUCCUCGACGAUCGGAGUCGGCUACAUCUCGCGGAUUCUCGAAAUCCAGGACCGCGAGCGAGCUCCUCCGGCCGUCCAAGUGGCCGCCGCUCGCGCCGUUCUCCGCCGCCUCUUUCCUUCUCACUCUUCUAGCUUCCAUUUCGAAAUCGUCUCCAAGGAGCAAUGUGGUGGUGAGUCUUGCUUUAUGAUCAAGAACAGUCCUUCUUUCAGUAGACAUGGGGAUCCAGAAAUCUUAAUUAUGGGGGUCACUGGAGUGGAGAUUUCGGCUGGUUUGCACUGGUAUUUGAAGUAUUGGUGUGGUUCACAUAUAUCUUGGGAUAAAACUGGUGGAGCGCAGCUAUUUUCAGUACCUAGAGCAGGCUUGCUCCCCCGUGUUCAAGAUGCUGGAAUCGUGGUUCAGAGACCCAUUCCUUGGAACUACUACCAGAAUGCUGUUUCAUCUAGCUAUUCUUUUGCUUGGUGGGACUGGAAAAGAUGGGAAAAGGAAAUUGAUUGGAUGGCUUUGCAAGGCAUUAAUUUGCCGCUAGCAUUUACAGGGCAAGAGGCUAUUUGGCAAAAGGUUUUCCAGAAAUUUAAUGUAAGCAAAACGGAUUUGGACAAUUUCUUCGGAGGCCCUGCGUUUCUUGCAUGGUCACGUAUGGGAAAUUUGCAUGGAUGGGGUGGACCACUAGCACAAAGUUGGUUGGAUCAACAGCUGAUUCUACAGAAGAAAAUUCUUGCCAGAAUGUAUGAACUUGGGAUGACUCCAGUUCUUCCUGCCUUUUCUGGAAAUGUUCCUGCAGCAUUGGCAUAUAUAUUUCCAUCAGCAAAGAUAACACGUUUGGGAAAUUGGUUCUCAGUUAAGAGUGACCCUAAGGUGUGUUGCACAUAUCUUCUUGAUGCAACUGAUCCCUUGUUUGUUGAAAUUGGGAAAGCGUUCAUCAAUGAACAAUUGAAAGAAUAUGGAAGGACUGGUCACAUAUACAACUGUGACACUUUUGACGAGAACACCCCACCUGUAGAUGACCCAGAGUAUAUCUCUUCAUUAGGGGCUGCAAUCUUCAGGGGAAUGCAAACUGGUGAUGAUGAUGCUGUCUGGCUAAUGCAGGGGUGGCUGUUUUCAUAUGAUCCAUUUUGGAGACCUCUGCAAACAAAGGCACUUUUACAGUCUGUUCCUCUGGGGAGGCUGGUCGUCCUUGAUCUGUUUGCUGAAGUGAAACCCAUAUGGAUUACUUCAGAGCAGUUUUAUGGUGUUCCUUACAUAUGGUGUAUGUUGCACAAUUUUGCAGGGAACAGUGAGAUGUAUGGAAUUUUAGAUUCAGUAGCAUCUGGACCAGUUGAUGCUCGUAAAAGUGAAAACUCAACAAUGGUUGGUGUUGGAAUGUCAAUGGAAGGUAUAGAACAGAAUCCUGUGGUUUAUGACCUCAUGUCUGAAAUGGCAUUUCAACACAACAAAGUUGAUGUCAAGUUAUGGAUUCAUUUAUAUUCAAAAAGACGCUAUGGCCAAUCAGUUCCCUUAAUACAAGAUGCCUGGAAUAUAUUAUAUCACACUGUCUACAACUGCACAGAUGGUGCAUAUGACAAAAACAGGGAUGUAAUUGUGGCAUUCCCUGAUGUUGAUCCUUCCUUUAUUUCGGUACUGCAUGAAAGGUAUAAUCACCAGAGAAAAUCACUAUCAAGAAGAGCAGCCAUAGAGCAAAUAACUGAUUCAUUUGAUAAACCCCAUCUAUGGUAUUCAACUUCUGAAGUAAUACAUGCAUUAGAACUUUUUAUCGCAAGUGGAGAUGAACUAUCAGAAAGUAACACUUUCAGGUAUGACCUUGUCGACCUAACUAGACAAGCUGUAGCAAAAUAUGCAAACCAGCUAUUCUUAAAGGUUAUAGAAGCCUAUCAGUUGAAUGAUAUCCAUGGAGUGGCCUGUCAUACCCAGAAGUUUUUGGACCUAGUGGAAGAUAUGGACACACUCUUAGCUUGCCAUGAGGGUUUUCUUUUGGGGCCUUGGUUAGAAAGUGCACAAAAGCUUGCUCAAGAUGAAGAACAGAAGAAACAGUUUGAAUGGAAUGCAAGAACUCAAAUAACCAUGUGGUUUGAAGAAGCUAGUCUGCUUCAUGAUUAUGGAAACAAGUACUGGAGUGGGCUUUUACGAGACUACUAUGGCCCUCGAGCAGCCAUAUAUUUCAAAUUCUUAUUAGAAAGUUUAGAGAAGGGCCAUGAUUUUCAGUUGAAGGAUUGGAGAAGGGAAUGGAUAAAGCUUACAAAUGAUUGGCAAAGGAGUAGGAAGGCAUUCCCAGUGGAAAGCACCGGAAAUGCUUUGAACAUAUCCCGGUGGCUUUAUAACAAGUAUUUGCGAAGUUCAGACACUUAAAAAUUACCCAAUGAAGCCACCAUUACAUGGAUCGCUGUACUUAGUUGAAAAUGAAUAAUCUGUAAACUGGUGCUUAGGCGCAACAAUGCCUUUUGUAGUAUAUCUACCUGUUCUUUCCAUGCUUUAUUAAUCCAGUAAUAUUGUUCUCUCCA